AUGCAAGUUGCUUCUAUCAAUGAUGUGAAGAUUUACAACUUGAGUGCCGGGAAAAGCAUACCGGAAGUGAGUUUGAGUCUUAAUCGUAUUCUUGCAGAUGUGAGGAGACGUAUUCAGCUGAUCCAGGACUUUGAAAUGCCCGAUGUCAGUCAUACCGUUAAUGUUUCACGCGACGGGAGAUAUGUAUUUGCAACUGGCACUUACAAAUCGUGGUUGAAGUGUUACGAUCUCGAGAACCUCGCUCUGAAAUUUCAACGAGGACUCGAUGCCGCCGUUAUCAAGAUGAUUCCACUGAGCGACGACUAUUCCAAAUUAGUUCUUUUGCAAGAAGAUCGGUUCCUCGAAAUGCAUGCAGCGUUUGGAAGAUAUUUUCGUAUGCGUAUGCCACGAUUCGGUAGAGAUAUGGCGUUUUCAAUUGAGCGAAGUGAUCUUUUUCUUGUUGGUGCAAGUUCCGAAGUCUACCGAUUGAAUUUGGAAUUGGGAGAGUGGCUAGCCCCUCUUCAGACAAAUGGAUCAGCCUUGAAUUGUUGCCAAUUUGCAGACGCACAUCAGUUGUUCGUAUGCGGUUGGCAGCAUGGGAUCAUCGCGACAGAAUUAAUUGUACAGUCUACUUGUAAUAGUUUUUCAGGAAAAUCGGAAAUCACGUCACUGAAGUUUCGAGAUGCUUUACGUCUUGGCGUUGGAACGAGCACAGGCCAGGUGAUGCUGUAUGAUGUUCGAUCGAGAAAACCGUUGAUAGUGAAGGACCAUAUGAACGACUUUCCGAUCAAGAAGAUUGAUUUUGCUCUGAGAGAAACCGAGAGCCUUGUUCUGAGUAUGGAUAGUCGUGUUUUGAAAAUGUGGCACGAAAUGGAUGGAAAACCGUUUGCUGCUAUCGAAACUGAGCACGCUUUGAAUGAUUUCUGCCGAUAUCCUGAAUCAGGUCUAAUAUUCAUGGCGAAUGAAGCUCCUCGAAUGCUGCAGUUCUUUAUUCCCUCCAUUGGUACAGCUCCGAAGUGGUGCUCGUAUCUUGAAGCAUUGACGGAAGAAUUGGAAGAAACCCAAUCGGCUGCUGUAUACGACGAUUACAAGUUUGUGACGAAAGAGGAGUUGGAGCAGCUGAGUCUAUCCCACCUUAUUGGGAGCUCGGUGUUGAGGGCGUAUAUGCAUGGGUACUUCUUGGAUCGAAGGCUCUAUGAUAAAGCUCAACUUAUUACUCAGCCGUUUGCCUAUGAAAAGUAUAAGAACCGCAAAGUAAACAAAGAACUAGCGGCACGGUUACGUGCAGAAGCGGAGGCAGCUGCUGAAAGUGCAGCCACUAAAUCAGCAAAGAAGAAGAAGAAUGAGAAGAAGAAGGUCGUUGUUAUUAACCUAAUAGUAAUUAGUUUUUCCAGGCAACUACUGCAGCUGCUAUUCUUCAAGAUGACCGUUUCAAGAAACUGUUUGCAGAUGAAGACUUUGAGGUAG